AGAAUAAAAGCCAUAUUGAGUCUGCAACCUUUUCUUCGAUAUGGAGCUGUUUGGAAAGAUGUGCAGGCUCCCUGCAGCCCUACUCUUUCUCUCCUUGAUCUUUUCCUCUCUCUUCUCUCUCUCCGUUGGAGGCGACAUCCUGACUCCAACCCAGCACCUCCCUGAUGACCAAAUCCUGAUCUCAGUUGGGGAGAGAUUCGCCUUAGGCUUCUUCAGCCCUGUCAACAGUAACAAUCGUUAUGUCGGCAUAUGGUACAAGGUCUCACCUCGUACCAUCGUGUGGGUUGCUAAUCGCCAGCAUCCGAUCUCCGAGCGCAACGGUAGCCUGUCGAUCACCGCCAAUGGAACUCUCAUCAUCACCGACCAGAACUCUAAACCCAUCUGGUCCUCGGGCUCGUCGGACCUUGCCAGUCCAAUCGCGCAACUCUUAGACAAUGGCAAUUUCAUCGUUAAAGAGGCUAAGGGCGACGGUAAUAUUGUUCCAGGGAGCCUUGCAUGGCAGAGCUUCGACUACCCGACCGACACUCUGCUCCUGGGAAUGAAGCUCGGGUGGAACCUAACAAGUGGUCUUAAUCGUAACCUUACAUCAUGGGCCAGUCCUAGCGACCCAGCGCCGGGCCUCUACACCAUGUUUCUGGAUCUCCAUGGCGACCCCCAGAUAAUUUUGUUGGAAGGCUCAAAGCAACUGUGUCGCGCCGGGCCAUGGAACGGGCAAAGCCUCAGUGGCAUCCCGGAUAUGAUGCGCUUUAAGGUCAUCACAGUGGACUUUGUCAUCAAGAAUGAUGAGGUCUUCGCCACAUACAACACCACCAGCACGUCCAUCAUCACGAGGCUUACCAUGAACUACACCGGCCAGGUCCAACACUUUGCCUGGCUUGAUGACAGCCAAAUGUGGAGCAUCUACAUGUCUAAGCCGAGGGACCUAUGCGACUAUGUGUCACAAUGCGGGGCUUACGGGGUCUGUAAUCCGGACGACUCACCGAUAUGUAGUUGUUUGCCAGGAUUUAAGCCUAGGUUGCCGAGAAAUUGGGAUCUCAGAGAAGGAAAAGACGGGUGUGCGAGGAUGACGGAGCUGGACUGCCGGAACGGGACUGAUGGGUUUGCGACAAUAGAGAAGGCAAAGCUGCCGGACACGUCGAGGUCGACGGUGGACAGGAGCAUGAGACUGGAUGAGUGUAGGGCGACAUGCUUGAGGAAUUGUUCAUGCACGGCCUAUGCUAGUGCUAAUAUCAAUGGGACCGGAUGCAUAAUUUGGACGACGGAGCUCAAUGAUAUUAGGGUGUUUACCUUUGGUGGACAGGAUCUCUACGUCCGACUAGCAGUGGCCGAUCUAGGCCUAGGAUCAGAUCAUUCACAUUCACGUACCAUAACUGGGAUUGUGGUGGGCUCUGUUGUGGGGAUUCUGCUGCUUGCUGUGGUGGGCAUUUGCGUUCGGAUGAAGAGAAGGAGAAGAACAGCGGCUACCUUAGGUGCCAUUCCCUUCGCUAGUCACUGCAACAACGAAUACAAGGACGACAAGGACUGGGAGCUUCCUCUAUUUGAUCUGGGGACAAUCAUUGCAGCGACCGACAACUUCUCAAUCGAAAACAAACUUGGAAAGGGUGGCUUCGGUCCCGUGUACAAGGGAAAGCUUGGGGAGGAGCAAGAAAUAGCUGUGAAAAGGCUUUCAAAGACUUCGACACAGGGCGCUAAUGAAUUCAUGAAUGAAGUGAUACUGAUUGCCAAGCUUCAGCACCGAAACCUAGUUCGGCUUCUAGGUUGCUGCACUCAAGGAGAGGAAAGGAUCCUGGUAUAUGAAUACAUGCCUAAUAAAAGCUUGGACGCCUUCAUCUUUGAUAAAGAUAAAGGUGUGCUGCUGGAUUGGCAAACCCGAUACAACAUUAUAGAAGGGAUUGCUCAAGGUCUUCUCUACCUACACCGAGACUCGAGACUUAGAAUUAUUCAUAGAGAUCUUAAAACUAGCAACAUUCUUCUUGAUAAAGAUAUGAAUCCUAAAAUAUCAGACUUCGGCUUGGCAAGAAUAUUUCGGGAGGAUGAGACGACACUAAAUACUCGGAGAGUUGUGGGGACAUAUGGAUACAUGUCUCCUGAGUAUGCCAUGGAUGGUGUCUUCUCGGUGAAAUCUGAUGUAUUCAGCUUUGGUGUCUUGGUACUUGAAAUCAUUAGUGGCAAGAAGAAUAGAGGCGUAUCUAUAUCUGAGCACCAAGGAAACCUUCUAGCACAUGCAUGGAGUUUAUGGAUGCAUGGUAAUGGCUUGGAACUAGUAGAUAAAUCAAUCAGCAACUCUAUUUCCAUGGUUGAAGCCUUGAACUGUAUAAAGCUUGGCUUAUUGUGUGUUCAAGAAUGUCCAAAGGACAGGCCGACGAUGUCCUCUGUGGUAUUGAUGUUGGGCAACAAGAAUGCAUCAUUGCCAGAUCCUAAACAACCUGGUUUUUUUCCAACAAGGGCUCCCUCCAAAAAUGAGUCAUCAAAAAGCAAGACAAACUCGGCAAGUAUAAAUGGAUUAUCGGUUACAACAGUUGAAGGUCGAUGACCAUUAGAUCGAGGUGGUAAAAUUUUCUCAUAUCAGAGACAAGCUAUGAAAAGUUCUCGUUCUUUCAGUGUCUAUGCAUUCCUUUCAACUAUAUGUGGUCCUAAUCGCAUGUCCGUAGUCCAUUAGUGUAAAUUUCUGAUACUAGGUGUUUUGUAUAAUAUUUUGAAACUAAUGGAAAAAACUAAGAAUUCAAA